CCUCAGUCAAUGGUAAUGCCCAAUGUGCUUUGGGUGAAAAAGUUAACUUUUUAGUAAACCUGUUUUAUUCGGUGUUUGGAAAAAACGUCUCUUUCACCUGUCAUAUUGUACAAAAGGGGGACUGACAGGCACUUCACGCGGCUUACACGGGGAGGACGAAAUAUCCCACCCAACCUGGUUCUUAUAUACUGUUAAGGACAUAUUGGACGAGGUGGUAUGGGUACGGGCCGGAAGGCUAGGGGGUACAGAGUGGAGAGGGAUGUGCUGGAUGAGCAGAGGCUGGAGGAGCUGGCUCAGAGAAUGGACUACUCUGACACUCACCCUUCCCUGACCAAGCAGCUUAAAGAGUCCUUCAGAUGUACUGUACCCAGGCUGAAACGUAGUGUGGUGGGCUGUCUGCCUGUACUCUACUGGCUGCCCCGCUACUCUAUCUGGGACUAUGGCAUGCCGGACCUCAUCUCUGGUAUCAGUGUGGGCAUCAUGCACUUGCCACAAGGUAUGGCAUAUGCAUUGCUGGCCUCCUUGCCCCCAGUGUUUGGGCUAUACACAUCCCUCUACCCUGCAUUGGUCUACUUCUUCUUUGGGACGUCCAGACAUAUUUCCAUAGGUACGUUUGCAGUGCUCAGUAUCAUGGUUGGAAGUGUGACAGAGAGGUUGGCUCCAGACAGGAACUUCCUGGUCAUGCUGAAUGGGACUAACCUGACUGAGGUGAACAUCACUGCCAGGGACUCCUACAGGGUGCAGGUCGCUGCUGCUACCACCGUCCUCGGAGGACUCAUCCAGGUGGUGCUGGGACUGGUGAAGUUUGGGUUUGUGGGUACCUACCUGUCGGAGCCACUGGUGCGAGCCUACACAACAGCAGCUGCUGCUCACGCUGUGGUUGCUGUGAUCGCACAGCUCUUUGGGCUGUCCACCACACGCUUUAGUGGGCCCUUGUCACUGGUGUAUACCCUGGUGGAGGUGUGCUCCAAGCUACCUCAGACCCAUCUCCCCACACUGGCGGUCAGUGGUGUAUCCAUGGUGUUUCUCAUCGCAGCCAAGGAAAUCAACUCUGCCAUCAGCGCCAGACUGCCUGUGCCCAUCCCAGUGGAGCUCAUCACGAUUGUGGCAGCAACGGUGAUAUCGUCCUACACCCACCUAAACGGCAACUACACAAUCUCAGUAGUGGGGGAAAUUCCCAGCGGCCUGGCUGCCCCCAGGUUACCUGAUGCUAGCCUGUUUAAAGAGGUGAUGGGGGAUGCGUUUGCCUUGGCUAUUGUGGGCUACGCCAUCUCCAUCUCUCUUGGGAAGACGUUUGCACUAAAACAUGGCUACAAGGUGGACAGCAACCAGGAGCUGGUGGCGCUGGGUCUCAGUAAUGCCGUGGGGGGAUUCUUCCAGUGCUACGCCGUCUGCUCCUCCAUGUCCCGUAGUCUCAUCCAGGAGAGUACCGGAGGCAAGACACAGAUGGCUGGAAUGGCCUCUGCUGUGAUUGUGUUGGUGACUGUGCUGAAGCUCGGGCCUCUGUUCCAGGAGCUGCCAAAGGCUGUGCUUGCAGCCAUCGUCUUUGUGAACCUGAAGGGCAUGUUCAAGCAGUACUAUGACGUCAUCACUCUGUGGAGGAGCAGCAAAGUUGAUCUGGUGGUGUGGCUGGUGACCUGGGUAUCCACACUGCUGUUCAACCUGGACAUGGGCCUUGGUGCCUCCAUCACCUUCGCUGUGCUCACUGUUAUCUUCAGGACCCAGCUCCCGAAGUACUCAGUUCUGGGACACGUUCCAGGGACAGAGCUCUACUUGGACAUGGAGACCCACAGAGAGGUGAGAGAGGUCCCUGGCAUCACUAUCUUCCACUCCUCUGCCACCGUGUACUUCGCCAACGCUGACCUCUACCUGGAGGCUCUAAAAGGAAAGAGCGGGCUUGAUAUCAGCAAGAUGAUCAUCUACAAGAGAAGACAGGAGGCCAAGCAGAGACGCAGAGACAAGAGAGCUGAGAGGAGAGCUAGGAGGGAGGCCAAGAGACAGAAGCAUGCUCUGAGAGUGGCAGAGCAGAAGACCGGGGUUUUCUCCGUAGAGGAGGCGGCGGGGCAAUGGAAGGAACCGGGGGGCGGAGAUGGAGACAGGGAGGAGUCACUGGGAGAGGAACUAGGUUGGUGCGGCCGCGAGAAUGGCACCGUGUUCGUCAUGCCAACAACGCCCCGCACGCCCGAUGACCAAUGCAGCUGGGAGUACCUGAAGGGCAGUAAAGACCCAGACUGUGCCACCCUGGGGGCAAUGUCGGAACUGCAAGACGGGGACACCACCACUCUGGGGUCCAGUAGUGAGGAUACCCUGAGCCGGGAACUGGAUAAGGUCUCGCUGGGAUCGCUGGGCAAGUGGACCUGGGACAUCCACUCCAUCAUCCUAGACCUCUCCACGGCUAACUUUAUCGACACCGUGGCCAUCAAGACCAUGAGAAACAUAUUCCACGACUUUGGCGAGAUUGAUGUUACUGUCUACAUGGCUGGGUGUCAGAUGUCUGUGGUGGAGCAGUUAGAGCUGGGAGGGUUCUUCUCGGAGUCCAUCACUAAAGGACGUCUGUUUGCUACUGUCCAUGAUGCUGUGCUGCACUGUCUUGGCCACCAGGGAACAUCAACGCCCAGCUAUGAGUAUUCUCUGGAGAUGCAGUGCAGCACCAAACUCUGAGAUCCCUUACUGAAGUCUGACGUCUCUGUAUAUUCUAUUUUAUGGGGCGGGGCCCUAUCCUUUUGAAAAGUGACUUUCAAUUGGGAAUAUAGUAUACAGGUAUAUACUGUGUAUAUAUAUAUGGUAACUAUAAUGCCUUCAAAAAAUGAAAGGUACACUAAACCCCAACAUAGGGUUGCAAAACUACUGAUAAUUUAACAAAGUUUCCGAAAUGUUCUCUGGUCAUUUAUAUUUACAUAACUUUUAUAAAAUGUACACAUAUGACCUAAAAAAAAUAUAUCUUUAUAUGUAUUCAUAUUGUCUACAGGUUUCUAGUGGAUAGACCAUAUGAUUCAAGAGAAAACAGCCCAAUUAAUGAAAAAAAGCAUCUAAUCAACAAUGAAAUCAUUUCCUAUUAACUCGGCAACUCUUCCAACUUUUUACUUUUUUCACAACUGCCAAGUUUUGCCCCAAAACACAUAUUAACAGAGUAAAAUAAGUAAAAGUGGAAAAAGAUGUAAGGAUAUUAUAUGCUGAAACCCUCAUAUUAUACACCAACGGAAUUCACUUAGUUUAUGGGUUAUAUUAAGGAUAAUGUUUUACAGCUUUGUCAUUUAAUAUAUUUUGGAUUUUUAAAUAGUUGGAAAGUAUUCAUUUAUAUACUUUACAUUUGAUGAAAUUUCAAUAAAAUCCUGAAAGUUUU